GAGACAAGCGUGCACUAUCAAUUCGAAAAGUCCAAACAAAAGUACGUCAUGAAAAUUGAACUUGUGUUCAUACCAUCGCCGGGCGUUGGCCAUAUCCGAGCAACCACGGCGUUAGCAAAGCUUCUCGUCGACAGCGACGACCGCCUCUCCGUCACUCUCAUCGUCAUCCCUUCACGAUUCUCCGACGACGCUUCUUCUUCUGUCUACACGAAGUCGGAAGACCGUCUCCGCUACAUCCUCCUCCCCGCCGGAGAUGAUUCAACUGAUCAUACUUUCGUAUCUUACAUCGACAGCCGUAAACCACAAGUCAGAGCCGCCGUGUCCGAACUCGCCCGAGACGUUUCAAGACGUUCAGACUCGCGGCUAGCUGGGAUUGUCGUGGAUAUGUUCUGCACGUCGAUGAUAGACAUCGCCGACGAGUUUAACUUCCCGGCUUAUAUCUUCUACACGUCGAACGCUUCUUAUCUCGGGCUACAGUUCCAUGUUCAAUCUCUUUACGAUGAGAAAGAACUCGACGUAAGUGAGUUAAAGGACUCGGACGUGAAGUUUGACGUUCCAACUCUGUCUCGGCCUUUUCCGGCGAACUGUUUGCCGUCAGUCAUGCUAAACAGUAAAUGGUUUCCUUACGUGGUAGGCCGAGCUAGAAGUUUUAGAGAAACGAAGGGUAUUUUGGUAAAUUCGGUGGCGGAGAUGGAACCUCAGGCGUUGAAGUUCUUUUCCGGCGAGAAUGGGAAUGUGAAUACUCCACCGGUUUACGCGGUUGGGCCCAUAAUGGACUUCGAAACUAGCGGCGACGAUGAGAAGAGAAAGGAGAUUUUACGUUGGUUAAAAGAGCAACCGACGAAAUCUGUAGUGUUCCUCUGUUUUGGGAGCAUGGGAGGUUUUAGUGAGGAACAAUCAAGAGAAAUAGCCGUGGCGCUCGAGCGGAGCGGCCACAGGUUUCUCUGGUCGCUCCGUCGCGCUUCUCUGGUGGAAAACAUGACUAAUGCUCCUCCUGGAGAAUUCACGAACCUAGAGGAGAUUCUUCCGAAAGGGUUUUUAGAUCGGACGGUGGAGAUAGGGAAGAUCAUAAGCUGGGCACCACAAGUGGAUGUGCUAAAGAGUCCUGCGAUAGGUGCGUUCGUGACACAUUGUGGAUGGAACUCGAUUCUUGAGAGUCUAUGGUUCGGUGUUCCGAUGGCGGCGUGGCCUAUCUAUGCUGAGCAACAGUUUAACGCGUUUCAUAUGGUGGAGGAGCUUGGUUUAGCGGCGGAGGUGAGGAAGGAGUAUCGUAGAGAUUUUCUGGUGGGGGAGCCGGAGAUUGUGACUGCUGAUGAGAUAGAGAGAGGAAUCAAGUGUGCGAUGGUGCAGGAUAGCAAGAUGAGGAAGAGGGUGAUGGAAAUGAAGGAUAAGCUCCACGUGGCGUUGGUGGACGGUGGAUCUUCAAAUUGUGCUCUAAAGAAGUUUGUUCAAGACGUGGUCGAUAAUGUUCCAUAGGAACGUGGUCGAUAAUGUUCCAUAGGAUGAUAGGAAGUUAGGAACAUGGUCGGAUGUUUUGUGAUAUAAUAAUGGGAACUUUUUAAA